CAUCCAGCCGACCGCCGCUCGGGUUAUCCACUGCUCCGAAGCUGCGACCAAUCUACUGAUUGCUUUUAAUUGUCUUAGUCUGUGGGCGGGUCGUGGUGUCACCUCGGCUUACACUGAGCCCUGGAGAGAUUGGGGCCGUGUGGUCAGAGGUAUGGUGUCUGCUGAGAGAACAACACAGACCAAUUGGAUUCAGCCAUGAAGGAAAUCAUGGCCCAGAAGGAGAAACUUCAGUGUCUAAAGGACUUCCACAAAGAUAUUCUGAAACCCUCCCCGGGAAAGAGCCCAGGCACGAGACCAGAGGAUGAAGCCGAGGGGAAACAUCCCCAAAGGGAAAAGUGGGCUAGCAAGCUUGACUUUCUUCUGUCAGUCGCCGGGGGCUUCGUUGGUUUAGGCAAUGUCUGGCGGUUCCCGUACCUCUGCUACAAAAAUGGCGGAGGUGCUUUUCUCAUCCCAUACUUCAUCUUCCUGUUUGGUGGAGGACUGCCUGUAUUCUUCCUGGAGGUGGCACUCGGUCAGUUCACCUCUGAGGGAGGAAUCACCUGUUGGGAGAAACUCUGCCCCAUUUUUACAGGUAUCGGCUAUGCAUCCAUAGUGAUCGUUUCUCUGCUGAACAUCUACUACAUUGUGAUUCUGGCCUGGGGCUUGUACUACCUGUUCCAGUGCUUUCAGCCAGAGCUUCCCUGGGCAAGCUGCAACAACAAAUGGAACACAGAAAAUUGUGUGGAGGAUACCCUCCGCAAGAACAAGACUCUCUGGGGGGCUGUGAACGCCACUAACUUCACUUCCCCCGUCACUGAGUUCUGGGAGCGAAAUGUCCUCAGCAUCUCAGAUGGUAUCGAGGACGUGGGUCAUAUUAAAUGGGACCUGGCUCUGUGUCUGCUCGCUGUGUGGGUCAUCUGUUUCUUCUGCAUCUGGAAAGGCGUUAAGUCCACUGGGAAGGUUGUGUACGUCACGGCAACAUUCCCAUUUGUCAUGUUAAUUGUCCUGCUUGUACGGGGUGUCACUCUUCCUGGGGCAGCCGAGGGCAUCAAAUUUUAUCUGUACCCAAAUGUGACUCGCCUUGGAGACCCAGAGGUGUGGAUCGAUGCAGGGACACAGAUUUUCUUCUCUUACGCCAUCUGUCUUGGAGCCAUGACGUCACUGGGAAGCUACAACAAGUACAAAUACAACUGCUACAGGGACUGUUUGCUGCUGGGAGGCCUGAACAGCGCUACCAGUUUUGUGUCUGGCUUCGCAAUAUUUUCCGUCCUGGGCUUCAUGGCACAAGAGCAAGGGGUGGACAUAGCCGAUGUGGCAGAGUCAGGUCCUGGCUUGGCCUUCAUUGCUUACCCUAAAGCUGUGUCUAUGAUGCCACUUCCUACAUUUUGGGCAAUUCUUUUCUUCAUUAUGCUUCUGCUGUUGGGCCUCGACAGUCAGUUUGUCGAAGUGGAAGGGCAGAUCACAUCCCUAGUGGAUCUGUAUCCAUCCUUCCUAAGGAAGGGUUAUCGGCGUGAAAUCUUCAUAGCUAUAGUCUGUUUUAUGAGCUACCUGUUGGGACUUACCAUGGUCACCGAGGGUGGCAUGUAUGUGUUUCAACUCUUUGACUACUAUGCAGCCAGUGGCGUGUGCCUUUUAUGGGUUGCAUUCUUUGAAUGUAUUGCUGUAGCCUGGGUUUAUGGCGCUGAUAAUUUCUAUGAUGCAAUUGAAGAGAUGAUUGGUUACAGACCAAAUCCGUGGAUGAAGUGGAGUUGGACUGUAGUCACACCUUUUCUGUGUGUGGGAUGCUUUGUCUUCUCAUUGGUCAAGUACACGCCCUUGAGAUACAACAAAGUCUAUGAGUACCCGGACUGGUCCAUUGGAGUCGGUUGGACCCUCGCCCUCGCGUCCAUGAUCUGCAUACCAAUGGUGGUUGUGAUCAAAAUCAUUCAAUCAGAUGGACCCCUCAUAGAGAGGAUCAAAGCGGUGGCAGCACCCGUGAGGGGAGGAGCCAGUUCUUGCCCCCAAGAAUACCUGCCCAAAUGCAAUGAGCUGGCGCAGCCGCUGGACCCCAACUGGAACGGAGGCUUGAUGAAGCCCACCCACACCAUCGUAGAGACUAUGAUGUGAACACUCUCUGUGAGAGAAUUCAAUGACCUGCUUUUCCAUUACACAUAUAUAUGUGAUUCUAUAUACAUAUUAAAAAUAUACUCUGUAACUUUUGACAUAGUCGUAGGACCAGGUUUACAUUGCUACGCAUCUGCACUAGGAGUCCUUGUUUUGUUUUUUGUUUUUUUUCUACAGAGGAAGUUACAUUUUUCUGUCUGUAUUUUUAAUAUUUUUAUCAUAAUACUAUUAUAUUACUAUUAUUGUCGCUGUUAUUAGACAGAGAACAGAUCGCAAACAGCAGUAUCCUGAACCUAGAACCAUGCCCGUUCUAUUUUUGUAACUUUUAUCUUGUACAUAUCGAAAUCAAACUAAGCUGUGUUUAUUUUUUAGAGAAUCGAGAAUCAUGGGGAAAAAACACAAAGGGCUCUGUAAACGUGAAAAGUAAACAUUGGUGUACAAAGAUCUCGUCCUCCACGAACGUGAAAUGGUCAUCUUUUUAGGAAUAGAAGUCGUAGAGCUUUAAGUGUGUCCCGACAAAAUGUUUAGACUGGAGAUUGUGCUGUCCGGAAGAAUCGAGCCGUUAGCACUGCUUGUUUUCAAUGCACUAUACCACUAAGGACACUACAUUCUCCAUAGUGUUGCACCGUUUAAAUGGAUAGUUUACGAAAAAAAAAAAAGUCAUCAUCAUUUACUCAACCCUCAAGCUGUUUUUCUGUCGAACACGGAUGUAGAAUGAUUCAACGGUCCAUACAAUAGAAGUCAAAAGGAUCCAAAACAUUUACACGACACACUUUUAAAUUAAGAAUGAAAAACUUUGGAAUUCAUUGACACGACAACUGCAUUUUGGGCAUUUGAAGUGCAGACUUUUAAAAACAGUUUUUGAAACAAAUUCAAGUUUUUGAUAACAAUACCAUUAUCUCCGUGUAAAACACAAAUUUGUGAAAACGGUGACGUCAUGCGUUUGCGUAUUACAUGUUCAGCCUGUAAGUGCGUAGUGUUUCUUUACAAAGUGACAUUGCCAAUUACUGGCCAGGCAUACAUAAUACAGCAUUUUUAGUGGUUUUCAUGGAUCCAGUCUUCUAAGAAGUUCCACAACAGAAAGGAACAACGUGAGAGUGAGUAAUUAACAUAACUUAAUUUUUGCAUGAACUGUCCCUUUAAGUCUAACUGUUUUGUAAGCUUUCCGACGUUGCAAGUUGGAAACUGCACGACUUCGGAAAUAUGCAGCACACUAAUUCUUAGCAGUCUCUUCCCUCUUCUAAAGAUGCAUUCACAGUGAGCGACUUUUGUAGCAGAGACAAUAGGCGUGUCCAUUCUAUUUGCGCAAUUAACGGGAAAGAAAACACAAAUUUAGAGUUUGCGCUUAUUAAAUCCGGGCCUGAUUUUUAAGUGCAGUAUAUCCACUGUGCUAUUCAUAAGUCGCCCACAUUGAUUCAUAGUCACCAAACACAUUCUGAUUUUGGGAUAUCAGAAUGUAAAGCUGCCUGGAAAGAUUUAAAAACCACAUAGAUUCAGGGUAGUUUCGUACAUUUUGUAUCAAAUCUGUUUGUUUUUAUUUCCAAUCACAUUUGCCUUUUGUAUUCAGAAAUAUCACUGUAUUUGACUGUUCUGUUCAGCAAUUACCAAUAGAUCUCAUCCACAACUGUUAAUCGACAAAAAAAAAGAAGCUUGCUGCGAACUGUAACGUGCAAUACUUUGUAGAACGAUAUGCAUUGUUUCUUCACCUGUCUUUCAGAGAGUUGGUACUUGGAAGUGUGGAAUUACGUAUGAUUUUUAAGCUGUUGUAAUAUUUCAGAAACAAUGAACAGGGGCCAAUUUAAGCUACCGUAAACGGUAUGCUGAAUUAACACCAAAAACUCAAUGCAGAUCUACUUACUGUGACAAUUUAUACUUUUUUUAAUUAGAAAGUAAAGCUUAAUUCUAAGUAUUAUGCCAAUGUUAUGGAUUAAAUUUAUUGGAUUUAAUAUGAUUUUUUUGACUUGGCCAAGUUAAAACUGUAGCCAAUCGCAAAGGGAGAUGCUCAGUUGAUCUCAACAGCUUCUACUUUGGUACCUUUGGGAUGCUUCAUUACAGAAAAAAAAUAAUUGUAAAUGUUAAUGUUGAAAGAGGCACAAUUUCUUAGCAAUACAGAGAUUAAUGUGCAGUCUCAGGGUGUUUUAAUAACGGAGACUGUUUUCCCGCUGUUGUGCGUCUCUUGAAACCCUUCCAGUUUUGAAGAACAGCUAAAGGGGGCGGUGUUUAUAAAUGCAAGAGAGAACCUUUUUAAAGUAAUGAUUAGAAAUGUUUAUUUUUUUAUUUCGAGGAUGUGUAAAAAAGCAAAGUGUAUCGAUAAAAGAAUUUACAGUACCCAAAAAAAAAAGAGAAAAAAGAAAAAUGGAAUAAAAAGUUUUUAUCUCUUAAUAAACAUUUAUCUUUUAAAAACC